GUUGAAGCUAAGUUAGCGCUGGAGCUGUGCGUCCUACAGCUGUGCACGAAAUCUCUGAAAUUAAUUUAAUUAAUUAUUCUGUCAUGUUCCGGUGUUGAAUCUUUGCCCAUGAUCAUGGGCACCGUGUGGAGGACGUCUGCUUUGUGUUUUUGGUCUGUAGUGUUCACGUAGCUCCUGUGCGCCGGUUUCCGCUCUUUGCGCCUCUCUCUCGGCGGCCACAGCCCGCAGCGAUGGUCGCGGAGGCGGGGGACGAGUGGUCUCUGUUGUUGUGGACAUCUCUGGCCGUGGUGGUGCCUGUCUUUAUCACGUUAUGGUGCAGCGUACAGCGCUCAAAGCGGAAGACGCACAUGAAGGAAUUCUUCCGUAAAAGCAAACACGGCUGGCACUACACGGAUCUGUUCAACAAGCCCACCUACUGCUGCGUGUGCUCCCAGCACAUCCUCCAGGGCGCCUUUUGCGACUGCUGUGGGGUGUGCGCGGACGACGAGUGCCUGCGCCCCGCGGACCGCAGCCUGCCCUGUAAGGACAUCAUGGCCCCCGCACAAGCCGACGGGGGCAUGGAGCACCGCUGGGUCCGGGGCAACGUGCCUCUCGCCAGUUACUGCGUCGUGUGUAAACAACAGUGUGGCUCCCAGCCCAAACUGUGCGACUUCAGGUGUGUGUGGUGCCAGAGGACAGUUCAUGGCGACUGUUUUGGUGAUGUACCAGACCAGUGUGACUUUGGGGAGUUUCGCAGCCUCAUCAUCCCUCCUCACUACCUCUAUCAUGUCAACAAACUCAGGCGCAGGCAUCCGGAUGAGUACAGCAAGCUGGCAGAGUCCUGUGGGAGCAGCUGGACUCCUGUGUUGGUUUUGGCAAACACACGUAGUGGUAACAAUAUGGGUGAGGUGCUGCUCGGGGAGUUUCGGAGCCUCCUCAAUCCAGUGCAGGUUUUUGACUUGUCUCAGCUGAACCCCUCCAAAGCACUGCAGCUCUGCACUCUGCUCCCCCCGGGCAGUGUACAUGUUCUGGUGUGUGGAGGAGACGGCACUGUGGGCUGGGUUUUGGACGCCAUAGACACAAUGAAACUGAAGGGCCAGGACCAAUUUAUCCCCCGAGUGACCAUCCUGCCCCUGGGGACUGGUAAUGACCUGUCCAACACUUUGGGCUGGGGCGCGGGCUACGCUGGAGAGAUCCCUGUGGAGCAGGUGCUGCGGAAUGUAGUGGACGCUGAAGUGGUCAAAAUGGACAGAUGGAAAGUGCAGGUAGCAUCAAAAGGUGCAUAUUUUCGCAAACCAAAGGUUCUGUCCAUGAAUAAUUAUUUCUCUGUUGGACCGGAUGCGCUCAUGGCCCUUAAUUUCCACACUCAUCGAGAGAAAACUCCUUCAUUUUUCUCCAGUCGCAUCAUCAAUAAGGCUGUGUAUUUCCUGUAUGGCACCAAAGAUUGCUUAGUCCAGGAAUGCAAAGAUCUGGAUAAGAGGAUUGAGCUCGAGUUGGAUGGAGAAAGAAUUGCUCUGCCCAGUCUAGAGGGGAUUAUUGUGUGUAACAUCGGGUACUGGGGCGGAGGUUGCAGACUGUGGGAAGGGAUGGGAGACGAGCCUUAUCCACCUACCAGACUGGACGAUGGUCUGCUGGAGGUGGUGGGGGUGUAUGGGUCUUUCCACUGCGCUCAGAUCCAAGUGAAACUGGCCAACCCUGUGAGACUGGGACAAGCCCACACUGUCCGGCUCGUCCUGAAGAGCUCCAAGAUGCCCAUGCAGGUGGAUGGCGAGCCGUGGGCCCAGGGUCCUUGCACCAUCACCAUCACCCAUAAGACGCAGGCUCUGAUGUUGUACCACAGCUCGGAGCAGACGGACGACGACGACAGCAGUGACUCAGAGACGGAGAGCAACACGCCGCACGACUCCCCCAGGCCACCAGGGUCCGCCUCCGCCCGAGCAUGACCCCAAAAACUACCUGCAAUCUGUGUUCGUCCAUCCUCUCUUUUCAACUACUGCUUUUUGAUUGAAUUUAAAGGUGCACUAUGUAACUUUUCUGGUGAAUGGUAUAGGACCUCCUUUUUUUGCAUGGAGAUGUUGUUACUUUGCCUCUAAUGUUCCGUUAAUAAUCUGUCUUGCAUUUAUUCAAUUACAUGUGUUUUACAGCUCUAAAACAUUGAAAAACAUGUAUUCUUUCUGUGAGCUGGGUCAUCUCUCUGCUUGUCACCAUGGAGAUAGAUACGUUUAAUAUCAAACUGUGGAACAUGCCAGGCUCAGUAACAACAACAUGGAGAUGAGCAGAUGGCAGAACCUCUAGAAAAAUUGCACAGUGCACCUUUAUUUAACUUUUAUUCACCCAGGUAAGUUAUUAAGAACAUGUUUCUCUUUACAACAAUAGAGAGACAGUGGACCUCAGUGUUUCUUUCUUGGUCUUUAUAAAGUUUCAAACAGCGUUGCCUUUGUGCACAGUGGCCAUAAGGUUACACAAUCACUACACAAUAACCGCGUAAGGAAGAUUGAGUGGUUUCAAAUUGUGUUUACGGUGGCAAUUACCACUAUAAUGUUCAUAACGAAUUGCUUGACGUUCCAAAAAUUCUUAAACGUGCAUCAACAAUGGAAAUUAUAUAUGUUUUUAUUUAUGUUCAAUUUGGCCCCAAAAAACAAACAAAACACAAAUCAAAGUGCGUUGUUUUACUUCACUAUUGAAAGAACCAUAUAUACCUUCAUUUGUGUCUUGUUUUGUUUGCUGUGACCUCUUGUGCCAUAGUCUUUAUAUAGGUCUCUAUAUAAUCUAUAAAAGAUACAUUUUUACUUGUGAAUAUUGAGUCAACAAAGCCAUGGCCACAAGGAAAGAUUUUAUUAAUUCCUUACUGAGCACAAACAAAGCAAAACAUUUGUGAGGUUUCAUAUAGAUGCUGUUACAACUACUUAUGACCUCGUUCUAAGUGAAAUCUUGAACCUCAGCACUGUACUUUACCUGACCAUUGCAUAUUUAUGUUUUAUGUCAUACGACUGACUUCUUAUGUUGUGUAACUACUGCUAAAAACUGCUGUUUAUGCAGAUUUGACUUUUGUUUUCCUUUUCAUUUGCCUUGAUAUCAAGUUGUGUGUUGCACCUUUUGGCACUUAUGCUAUUAGUUAUACUCUUAUAUUUUUAUUUUAUUGCCAUAUUACAUGUUCUCUGUGUUCAAAAGCAGUUCCAAAUCUCUACUACUAGAUGGUAGUAUAUAAGCAUUGUUUGUCCACUGGUAAAACGGCUCUAGUUUGAUCUUCUUUCUAGAGUGGUUGCAAUGUGACUUUCUGUGUGAGAAAGUGUGUUGAUUAUAGCCAUAUCUGAAUAGACUUUUGAAUGUUAGUUGACCUGGGAAGUUUAAACGUUUUACUUAAUGCUGAAUAUGGCCCUUAUGCUUUAGUACUGAGAUCUUAAAAUUACAAGCAGCAAUCCCAUACUGCACUUAACCUGUUUGUGAAUGCAUUUAUUCUUUGUAGAUUCUGUCUUGCACUGAACUCAGUCUGAAGUUACUUAUAUUAUUUAAUUUUUCUUUUGUUGCCUGGUUACCUGCAUAGCCCUGACUAUAUGUUUCCCUCUUAAAUGUACCAUAUUGUUUGUUCUCUGUUGAGUUUGCUGAUGGAACAGAAGUGUGAAUGCUUAUUUAAAUCAGGCUUGUUUAGUCAUUAUCCAUUAUUAUACUACAACACGGGACCUUCAGGGGGCACUUUGGUUUAUGUAUUUUGGAUGUUGAUAAAUGCCAUAUGGAGAUAUACAUACAUGCAUACCUUGAUAUACAAUGUUUAAGGACAUUCUUACAACUUCACUGGUCCUUACAUGUCUGACUAUUGUUUUCCUGAUAAAAGUAGCUAAUCUCCUGUUCAUGAAGAUGACAUAAUCCCUGAAAUUCUUUAAUUAUAUUUGACACAACGUAAGUAUACAGGGUGCUCUACGAGUCUGUCACAUUUCACACAAUUGACUAUAAGCUAUGAAUACAAACAUCUUUGAUCGAUGACUAUAGUUAUCCCUCCAUACGUUUGUAUUUACAGACAUAACAAUAACUAACAAUAACUUAUAGAGACUGCAUUUCUGUCUGAUUUACAUUUUGUAGGUGACAGGUGUCAAGCAGGUGUUGAACAGUAUUUUUGUACAUUUUAGAUUUCACAGAUGUGUGAUGCUGUGUCCAAAUGAUGGGUUUUGAUCAAUCUGCUGCUUCAGUUCACUGUGUUGUUGUGAAUAAGAAAAAGUAUUAUUCAAAUGAUGUAUUUGGUAUAUUUUUCAUUGAUCUGUAUUGUGUAAGCCCUAAGUAAGUUUUUGCCAAAAUAAUUUAAAAGUGUGAUUAAUUUAGAGGUUAAUUGCUUACAAUCAUUGCGUGUUUACAAGAAGAGUGCACUGACGUGUCAAAGUGGACUGAGCUGAAUGUAAUGAAACAAUCUUUGAAUCUGACAUUCCCAUAAAUAUUUUCCUAAAUAAA